AUGCGUGCUGUGCACAUUCUCCUCUCUCUGGCGACAGUGUCGCUGGCCGCCCCAACGAACUAUUUUGAUGGCGUCUACGAAUUCUCGGAAGAGCUCGCAGACUUUUACGGCAAAGUGAGCAUGUACAUCAACGGCGCAAAGCAGAGCACAUCUCCAUCGGCCACUUGUGAUUCAACAAAGAUUGCCCUACCCUCAUACGCGUCUGAGUGGCAUCCAGACCAAGAUGGAGUCUCGCCAAUGUACGUGGCUCUGGGAAGAGGAACACAGAAUUACUCCUGUGCCGACUCCACAUCCCAAUCCAAACCAGUUCUGGUUGGUGCAGUUGCCAAUCUCUACAAUGUGACUUGUCUAGCCGCAGACUUCCCUGAUCUGGUGCACCUUCUUCCCGAUAUUGCCUACAAGAUCACCCUCCCCAGCGAUAACCGAGCAGCUUUUCCACCGGCAAACCUAGGGCUGAUGGGACAUCAUUAUUUCGUUGGUUCAGUGCCUACCUUCAAUCUCGACACCACUCCAACCAAGCAAUUUGGAAUAGCUCGAACAAAGAAAGUAGAUUCAAUCAAGGCCCCUGCGAAUGCUGUCAAGGGAGAGCAUGGUGCCGUCGCCUGGCUUUACUUGUCAACUAUCGAGAAUACUGUUGGUGACUACAAGAGAGUUUAUCGAGUCGAUACAGCUUCGGGUAAUGCGCCCAGCACCUGCGAGGGCCUUCCAGCAGCUUUCGAGAUACAAUACUCUGCCAACUACUACUUCUUUGGGAAGUAA